AUGAUAGCGCAGCGGGUGCAAGCCAAUUACGGUUUUCUCAAUUGCGUUAGGCUUACCGAUGGUACAUUGUUCUCACUAUCAUCUAAACCGCGCCACUACGUAGAAGAUUACUACAUACGAAGUAUUGUGGUGGGGUGGCCAGGAUCCAUCCAUGACAACCGCGUGUGGAUGAACAGUCCCAUGCUUGCCAAGGCAAGAAUAAAAAACGAGCACUGCAUUAGGCUGCUUAAAAUGCGAUUUCAUUAUCUGCGCAAAACUCGAUUCAAGUUGAACAAAGCACAUGAGGCGCUCAAUUCGCCACUUCCUGGAGACGCAAAAGGGGACGAACGACAAGACCAAUUACUUGCAUACUUCCUCGAGAUGUAG